CUUAGUAUUUAUUUAAUGAAUAAAUAUUCUAUUUUAGUGUUUUCAAAUAUUAUACUAAUUUUACAGAUUGAAGUAAAUGAUGACGACAUCACUUGCUCAACAAAAGCAUUUGCAUUUCUUUUGUCUAGUUCAACACCAUUGGCCCCAGGUAGAACCAAAACCAAUUCUGUCAUAGAAGAUCAACAACAACCACAAACUAAAAUUGAAUCAAAUAAAAACAAAGAAACUGAAGAAUUUCAAUUGGGAAAAAAUUUAAGUAUGAUACUAGAAGCGUCUAAAGAACGUAAUAGCAGUACUUCAUCUGGAAUUAUUUCUUCAUCAGUUACAAAAGUAGAACAACAAUCUUCAAUUGAUUUUGGUGAUUCAAUUAAUCCUUUUGACGAUGAAUUAAUAACUAAAUUAUUACAAAGAGUAAUUAAAUUUCCUAAUGAACAUCACAAAUCUGGUUAUAUAGAGCAAGAAUCAGAUUUACCAAUUAUGCGAUCCGAAUUCAAAUUGGGUCCCAAUAAAAUGACACUCAUCAAUGAAAUUGGUAAAGGAUCAUAUGCGCGUGUUGUGAAAGUUAGACCAGAUGGUGAAAAUGCUGUAGAAAGAGCACUUAAAAUUCAAAAACCGGCAUGUGCUUGGGAAUGGUAUAUAAGUAAAGAAAUUAAGCAUCACCUUAAAGAUUCUGAGAAAGUAUUAUCUUAUUUCAUUAACAUGGACCAGAUGUUUGUUUUCAAAAAUGGAUCAAUUAUUUCUAUGGAAUUUGCUACUCAUGGAACACUAUUAAGUGUAGUUUUAGCAUAUAAAGUAGCGAUGAACCGCUCUAUUCCUAUCACUGUUGGUGCAUUGCUCAUUUUACAAGUGACAUCAGCACUCAAAUACCUUCAUCAAUGUCAAAUCAUUCAUGGAGAUUUAAAACCAGAUAAUGUUAUUAUUAAAACAUUACCUAAUGAAUGUGAUCAGCCUUGUGUGCAGUUAAUUGAUUUUGGUCGUAGUAUUGAUAUGACUUUAUUCCCUCCUGAUACUACUUUUACACAUACAGUGAAAACUGCUGAUUUUAUUUGUCAUGAAAUGAGAGAAAAAUUGCCAUGGACUUACCAGACUGAUUAUUUUGGAUUGGCUGGUAUUAUUUACAUGGUUCUCAUGUCAGACUACAUGAAAACUCAAAAAAUACGUAAAUUAUGGGUGCCAUUAAAACCAUUUCCAAGAUACAUAGACAAAGAACUUUGGGGCACUAUGCUGAGCAUGUUGUUGAACAUAGAAUCAUGCAAAAAGCUUCCUAGCUUGGAUGAAAUUAUAAGGAAAUUGAACAAAUAUUUGGCAAUGCAACAAAAAGUGGUAUUGAGACAUAAUUUCACUAGUUUAAAAAAUGCUUUAAAAAAAAAUUAAUGUUUUUAUGUUUUACAUUUAUUCUAAUGAUUUUUUUUUAUAUAUAUUUGGUUUACUUACUGUAGUUUUUUUUAAGAACAUUUUAAUUUAUACUAUUUUUUGUGUGGUAUGAUUUUUAUAUUCGCUUGAGUAUUCUUUUCAUUAUACUAUUUUUUAUUAAUUUAUUAUCAUAAUAGAAAAAUCUUAAAUACUAAGUACUCGUAUUGGCAAGAUACAAUGAAUAAAAGAUGUGAUAACAGAUAAGAACAUCUAUAUUACUAUGAAAAAAACAGGAUAAAAGGAUUCUCUUUUCACUGAGUUCACAUUAACAGUUAAUACAAAAUAAUUGUGACAAAAUUGGUACAUUAUUUAUAGAAGAUCUUAUAAAUAAGGUGAUAGAGGAGUAUGUAAAAAGGACUUUAAAACUAUCAAAAGAUAUGUGUAAGGAAGUUGAUUUUACAUGGAAUAUUUGACUAAGAGGAAAAAUAAAUAGGACCUGUAGCACUACCGUCAUGGUGUGUUUGUACAAUAGAAGUAUUAUUUAAAUAAAAUAUUGGUUAUUUAUUUGUAA